CUGCGGGCACCGAGUCGUCUGGCAACUGCGGGCACCGAGUCGUCUGGCAAGACUGCGGGCACCGAGUCAACUGGCACGACAGUGGGCACCGAGUCAACUGGCAGGAACAGCGGGCAUCGAGUCAACUGGCGGACAGCGGGCAUCGGGUCACCAGGUAUGACAGCGGGCACUGGGUCACCAGGCAUCAGGUCAUUUGGCUUGCCAGCGGGCACCGCGUCAUCUGGCAAGGCAGUGGGCACCGGGUCACCAGGUAUGACAGCGGGCUCUGAGUCAAUUGGCACGACAGCGGGCACUGGAUCAGGUACCGGAUCAUCUGGAUCAACACAGCGGGCAUCGAGUCAACUGGCCUAAUAGGAUCGUCGGGCUGGAUCAGCUGAGUAGAGGCAUCAGGCUGAGUAGAGGCAUCAGGCUGAAGAGAGGCAU